ACUUGUUGGCACCGAUGGAUUGCACGCAAGAGGUUGCCAGCUUGCAUACAAGUCGUCAACCAGAUCCGUCAAAACAAAACCAAAACAAACAUUCAUUAGUUCAUAAAAUCUAAUCCCAGUUAGUUGUUUGCUCGAGGUUUAGGAUUAAAAACUAUGAAUUUUUGAGCUGCAUGAAUGCUGCUCCAAAAACGUAGUGCCUCCUAAUUAGCAUCCGAACAUUCUCAAAAAUUCAUAAGAGAACGGAUCUAACCUCAAAUGCAGUGACUGGCCGGAAAGAUCCAUUCUGCAAAGGUACGACGAUAACCGUACAGGAUGGUGAAAGUUAAACUUGGUGCCCGUGCGUAUGACACCCAAGGUGAGGAAGAUCAAUCUCGUUGGUUGUUGAUUGCCGAUUACGGGGUUGAACGCCGGCAAGAUGCGGCUGCGGAAAGCUGUUCUACGAAGAUCGUACGUGAAGGACCUUCAAUGGACCAGGUUCGGAGGGCCAUAAGAGAGGAGUACGAUCGACGGAUGAAGGUGCUGCAGCUGGAAUUUGCUUUGAAAGCGGAAGAACUUGAAAAAGAGUUCGAUAUGCGAAGAACAAUGAUCAUCGAAGCCCAUCUUCAAGCAAAAGAAGAGGACUUCAAGAAGGAGGACGAGUCCGAGUCGAUCAAAAAAGACUUCUCGGAAGCAGGAGGUUUUCAUGUAGAGAAUCAAGAAUUUUGCGGUGGGAGUGUUUCCGAGAUGUGCCUAAGCCGAAAAGGGCUGGGACAUUGGCAAGCAGGCUGGUUUCCUGAGAAGCGGCUGAAGAUUGGAUUUACGUUUAGCGGUCAACAGUUUGGGUCGCGGCAGGAUCUCAACCACCCCCAAAGUGUGAAAAUUAGGCGCUGGAUUUUCAGUUGGAAACGUGUCAGGAAGAAAUGUCACCACCUGACUUCUCUCAACGGUCAAUUGUUCCGGAAACAGGCAGGAAGAUUAGCAAAACUCACUGGACGUGUGGCAGGAUGUCGGCGGUGCUUACAUUUGUUGGUAAAUCCGGUUCAGAUACUUCACCGGAUGUUACGGGCUGGGGUGUUGGCACCGAUGGAUUGCACGCAAGAGGUUGCCAGCUUGCAUACAAGUCGUCAACCAGAUCCGUCAAAACAAAACCAAAACAAACAUUCAUUAGUUCAUAAAAUCUAAUCCCAGUUAGUUGUUUGCUCGAGGUUUAGGAUUAAAAACUAUGAAUUGUAAGUUCAGCCUAAUUAAUUAAUUGAAUUCUUAUUAAUAAAAUCUAUUUGCAGUUUGAGCUGCAUGAAUGCUGCUCCAAAAACGUAGUGCCUCCUAAUUAGCAUCCG